UGAUUGGCUUUGAGGAGUGGGUGUGGCUACUGCCUCUGUGUGGGUCUCCCAUUGGUAAAUGAAAGUUAAAGGUGGACCUCUCGCAAGUUUUUGUCCUGUGAUAAUCAGGAAUGUCUUGGGAUUUUUUUUUUUUUUCCUCCUCUUCUUUGGAGGCCUAGGCUCAAGGCAAAUUAGAAGUAGGAAACCAAUUUGAAGGAAAGAAAUUUUAAACGAGGUAGGGUGACACGGCCUGGGAGAGAGCAGCAGACCCCAUGUGAAGGGGCUCCCAGGCACCUGUUUGGGGGAAGGGGCUCCCAGAUUUUUACACCAGCGAGCCACGUAGGAGAUGAAACGCCCUCCCCACUACAGGCCAUCCGAGGGAGAGAAAAUGAUAGCCAGCAUGCUAUGCUCUUAGUAUUUUUUUUUUUAAUGUUUUAUGUUUUAAAUGAAAGGCCAAACAGCAGCAGCAAAAGCGUGGGUUUAAUUGCUCAGGAAGGCUUUUGCUGGCAGUGAGCAUGAAGAUCCUCUCUUGCUAACCAAGCCAAGAGAGAGCCCACUAUGCUCCUGUCUAUCAUCCUUUUCCAGUUGCUUUUUGCUGCUCAUAAAACCAUGCUCAUCAGUCCACCUAAGGGGGAGACCAGGAGCCCACCUCUUGUGGAAAUGGGGGUGUAACAGCCCCCCUCUUCUGCCCCCAAGACCAGAGAGAGCUCUUGGAAACCCAGUUUAAGAAGUCUUUCUGGCCGGACAGCAGUACCUAGCGAGGAGCCAGACGGGAGAGCAAGUAGGGCCACCAUGGGCUUCCUGCAGGGUCUUCUCCAGGCCAGGAAGCUGCUGCUGGUCAUCUUCGUUCCCCUGUUGCUGCUGCCUCUGCCCAUCCUGCACCCAAGCAGUGAAGCUGCGUGUGCCUACGUGCUGAUAGUGACGGCUGUGUACUGGGUGUCCGAGGCGGUGCCACUGGGAGCUGCAGCACUGGUCCCUGCCUUCCUCUACCCGUUCUUUGGAGUUCUCCGGUCCAAUGAGGUGGCCGCCGAGUACUUCAAGAACACCACGUUGCUGCUGGUGGGCGUCAUCUGCGUGGCGGCGGCCGUGGAGAAGUGGAACCUGCACAAGCGCAUAGCUCUGCGCAUGGUCCUGAUGGCUGGAGCCAAGCCGGGCACGCUGCUGCUCUGCUUCAUGUGCUGCACCACCAUGUUGUCCAUGUGGCUGUCCAACACCUCCACCACUGCCAUGGUGAUGCCCAUCGUGGAGGCCGUGCUGCAGGAGCUGGUCAGUGCUGAGGAGGAGCGGCUUGUGGCGGGGAACUCCAGCACGGAAGAGGCUGAGCCCAUCAAUCUCGAUGUCAACAACAGCCAACCCCCUUUGGAGCUCAUCUUUGUCAAUGCAGACACAUCAGUGGCAGACUUCGCUUCUCUGAUGCAUAACAAGAACCUGAAUGGUGUGCCCAUGAUCACCAAGCCCAUCAGGUCAGCAAACCGACACCAAGGCAAGAAGCUGCAGCCACUGCAGGAAAAGCCACUAGUCCUGACUCGAGGCUCCAGGAACCAAGAGCUGAACAGAAAGUGCAGAUCCCACCAUGACCAGAUGAUCUGUAAGUGCCUCUCUCUGAGCAUAUCCUACGCGGCGACCAUUGGCGGCCUGACCACCAUCAUUGGCACCUCCACCAGCCUCAUUUUCCUGGAACAUUUCAACAACUUUAGAGAGACUUGUUCUCUGAGCAAGAAGAAGAAGACCAAGAGGGAAGAGCUGUCAGAAAGGAGGAUCCAGGAGGAAUAUGAGAAGCUGGGAGACAUUAGCUACCCUGAGAUGGUGACUGGAUUUUUCUUCAUCCUGAUGACUGUGCUGUGGUUUACCCGGGAGCCUGGCUUUGUCCCUGGCUGGGAUUCCUUCUUUGAAAAGAAAGGCUACUGCACAGAUGCCACAGUCUCCGUCUUCCUGGGCUUCCUCCUUUUCCUCAUUCCAGCCAAGAAGCCCUGCUGUGGGAAAAAGAAAGAUGGGAGAAGCCAUGAGUGCUCCCUGGGGACAGAGCCCAUCAUCACAUGGAAGGACUUCCAGAAAACCAUGCCCUGGGAGAUUGUCAUCCUGGUGGGAGGAGGCUACGCCCUGGCUUCUGGCAGCAAGAGUUCUGGCCUUUCCACAUGGAUUGGGCAGCAGAUGCUGUGCCUGAGCAGCCUCCCGCCCUGGGCUGUCACCCUGCUGGCAUGCAUCCUGGUGUCCAUUGUCACAGAGUUUGUCAGCAACCCAGCCACCAUCACCAUCUUCCUGCCCAUUGUGUGCAGCCUGUCCGAAACGCUGCACAUUAACCCACUCUACACUCUGAUCCCAGUCACCAUGUGCAUCUCCUUUGCAGUGAUGCUGCCAGUGGGCAACCCCCCCAACGCCAUCGUCUUCAGCUAUGGGCACUGCCAGAUCAAAGACAUGGUGAAAGCUGGCCUGGGAGUCAACGUCAUUGGCCUGGUGAUAGUGAUGAUAGCCAUCAACACCUGGGGAGUUAGCCUCUUCCACCUGGACACCUUUCCAGCCUGGGCUAAGGUCAGUAACAUCACUGAUCAGGCCUAACACCAGUGGACAAACUGGCUGGGCCACAGGAGCUGCACUUGGCCAAAUCUGCACCACAAAGAAAACCACCAGGAGCACACCCAGUCCCAGGCUGGAGGACAUCCCUGCCAUCUACCACCUACCAUCUACCACCUCAGUCAAGAGCAGAGGUCCUCCAGCCACCACAGCCAUGUCCUUGGCUGUUGGGGUCUUCUCCCCCACCCACCUGCCUUAGCACCAUUGGUCAAAAAAACUCAAAACUGUUCUCUCUUCUGUGUCUAGUCCUCCUGAUUGACUCUUUUGGAAGCCAGGAAAAGAAAGCCUGUCUUAGUUGCUCCUUAGGGAUGAGGCCUCACAAACUGACCAGCCUCCCUAGGGUUUAUGUAAAACAUUCUCAAGAGUUGACGGAGAUACCCAAACCAUUCUAGUUUUGCAGACAGCGAAAUCAGUGAUGUCUCCUCUGGGAAAAAACCUGACCUAGAAUUCGAGCCAUCUCAAGUGUUUCUAUCGUAAGUUUUCUCCACAAAAAAGCAAUUGUUCCUGGGGAUUUAGCUCAGUGGUUUCGCCGCUUGCUGCCCAAGUGCAAGGACCCGAGUUCGAUCCCCAGUACCAAAAAAACAAAAACAGAAACAAAAAAGCCAUUCUUACUAGGUCCUUUUUAUCAUUAUUUUGAUUCCAUUUUAACAGUUUUCUUCAGUGGCUUCCCUUUACCUUGGCACCAAAUUCCUGUAAAGAAAAAUGUUCUCCUUGAGAAAGAGGUUGGCAUUAUUUUCUUUGUCAAAAGAAAAAGUAGAGAAAAGACACUUGUGAUACUAACCAGAAAUACCAUUGUUUGGCCAAGUGUGGGAGGAAAACUUCAUACUGGUCUUACUACAAUUGAGACCAAAGCACUAUUACUGCUAUUACAUUGGCUUGCUUCUGGUUUUAAUGAGUACCUCCUAUCCUGAGAAGACAAAGGUACUACUCAGAGGUCACUUCCUAUGUGUGAGUGAGCCCCUUGAGAGAACAGAGAUGUCUGUACAUCUUGAGUGUGCCUGGGAAACAUCUACCGUGUUGUAUGCCAGGGCUGAGGACUUAGCUCAGAGCACUUUCAUAGCAUGUGCAAGGCCAUCAGUUUGAUCCUCAGAACUGCAAGAAGAAGCAAAAAAUGUAUAAUGUUGUAAAAUGUAGCUGCUCAAUAAAUGUCCCUGAUGAGAAAAAUCACUGCCAAGGAAGGCCUUUUUCCUCCAGACCAUGCCAUUUUCAUUGCUGGAUACAGCUCUCUUCCUCCAGUUUGCUGCCGUUACAUUUCUGAUUUCAACCAUCAAAUGCUUGCUAAAUAUGUCUUAGGGAAAAAGGAGUCUCCCAUAGUUAUUACUGUAUUAACUGAUUUUAAACUACUAUCAAUAGCAUGUGCAGUUUCCCCACAAUAAUUGAUCUAUAAAAAUCACACUUUUAGUUGGUCAAGGGAAUAUGAGUUGCAAUACUUCUUUUAGGCCAGUCAACACACGCACAAUGCAACCACAGACUGUGACUGGCCAGGUUUAACCAGAAGUGUUGCUACUUUUGCCCUGUCGACUGGCUUAGCCAACAUUUGGCCAAUUAUAAUAGUGAGCCCAAAUGAAACACCAGCAUUAGGUACGUUACUAUUGGUUUGAUCAUCCCAGCCUCCCUACAAGUCAAUUUACUUCAGCAUGGUCAAGAGUCAGGGUGUUACUGCUAUUGUCUGGUUAAUUACAUCAUCCCAUUUCUGAACCAUUACUGAACUCAGACUCUAAGCCCCUAAACCAGAUUCUGGGAACAUAGUAAGAAAAAGAGAAAAAGCUGACUUAGAAUUAAGUGCACUUAGAAUUACUGGCCACUGUUCAGGUGUUUGAGCCUGAGUCACUCCUGAAGGGAAGCAGUGCCAGCUCUGUCUCAGCAGCUGCUGCCAGGGCCUCCCUUAAGCUGGCACCUCACUACUGUGUGGUUCACGGGCCGCCAUCAGGACUGCCAGUGUUCCUUCCAAGUCCAGAGAUUUGGGGCAAACAAGACAGCUUGUGCCAGUCAUAGGGGAUGACAGUCCCGUCACCUAAAGUCACUCCACCGUGGGCUAUCUUCUAGCCCUUCUUAGUAGUCUCUUGGUGUUACAAUUUGAGUAUCUUCUAACAUUGCACUAUAUGGAUGGCAGAGCUCUGCGUGGUCAUCUGAUACCAGCUCACUUUCCAGAUAAUGAAACCAGGAGCCAAAGACACUAAACAUAGCUGCACUUUAUUCUCGUCAAUUAUGUAAUCAAAUUUGCUUAGUCAAAGUUGCCUUUGAAAUUCCACAAAGUCACCCAUUAAGGACAUGGCAUCCAAUCUUUCACACUGGUAUUUGUCACAAACCUUUGUACACUAUCAAUCUUUCAAUUUUUAAAAUUGCUACUUUUCUUUCCACUGCCAGAAUGGAUCCAUUUCUUUACCUUACCAUCAAGUGAAGUACAGCUGGGGUCUCUAUAUCCACAGAUUCUGCAUCAGUGGACUCAAACCCUCAACCAAACUCAAAAAAAAAAAAAAAAAUUAAAAAAGAACUACAUGUGUACUUAAAGUUUUUUGUCAUUUACACUGUAUUGGAUGUUGUAAUUAAAGGAGGAUGUGCACGGGUCAGAUGCAAAUACUGUACCAUUGCAUGUAAAAGACUAGAGCACCUAUAGUUUGUGGUAUCCGCAAGGGUACAGGUGGAGGGCUGGAACCAACUCCCUGUGGCUACUGAGGGACUGACAUCGCUGGCUGUUCACAUAUGGACUGGAUUGUUUCAAACAGUAUCUCCAAAUGCCAGGACCUCUCAGUACUGCAAGAU